ACUGAUCUGAGGUCCGCCAGCUCAUCAGAAAGCGACAACGAUGGCGGCUUGUUGUAUUUUCCGUCGCCUCUCUUCUAACUUUUCUACAGUUUUUCCUUUGUUUUCGCGCACUGUACCGCUUCGUCAGGUGCGACUGACAACGAGCACUUAUUUUAGGCGGACGUUUGCUUCUUCGAGCCCAUUAUUAACAGCACUUAAAUUCACACAGCAGCAUGAAUGGGUUCGAGUGGAAGAUGGUGGAAUAGGAACCAUUGGUAUCAGCAACUUUGCACAGGAGGCGCUGGGAGAUGUCGUUUACUGUGGACUGCCAGACGUGGGGACACAGCUAGCUCAGCAAGAUGGGUUUGGAGCCCUGGAGAGUGUAAAAGCAGCUACUGAGCUCUAUUCCCCUUUAACCGGAAAGGUUGUCGAAGUCAAUAUGUCAGUGGUGGACAACCCUGGUUUGGUCAACAAAUCCUGCUACAAAGAUGGCUGGCUCAUGAAAAUGACGAUUGCCAACCCUGCGGAGCUCGACAGUCUCAUGGAUGAGAAAGCGUACGAGAGAUACAUCCGCUCUAUUGAGGAGUAAUCCCUCCCAGCAGGUGCCAUGCAACCUCUCUGCCUUUCAGUCACAACUGAUGGGGAACUGCAGAAGAUGUACCCUUCUCAACUUACAGUUCUGUGCGUAGCAUUUAACAAUUUGCCUCCGGAGCUCAGGAUUGCUGGACUGAUAGUGUUGUAGAGCUGUGAACAUUGAGCUGUUUAUAUGUUUUAAAGUAUUGUUUGGGGACAUGGUAGUCCACACUGAGAAAGCAUCCUGUGUUGAGCCUAAACAAAGAAUAGUGUUUUGUUUUUUUGUUUGUUUGUUUGUUUUUUGGGGGGGGGGGGGGUGUCAAACAUGAAGAAAAGUAGGACUUUUGGAAUUAUAGUAUUAUCCAUGUUGGUCUGCACUACAUGUACAAUAACUAUGCUGUGUAUGUACACACAGUAAAAAAAUCUUGUCCUGAUGCAUUGUACUUUGUUGUUUCUGAAAAAUAUCCAAUAUUGCUUUCAGUAUU